AUGGCGGACAAACUCCAGAAAUACAAAUUCACCGCAAGUACUAGCAAACAAGCUAACCCGAAGCCUACCACGAGGAACACAGCCAAAUUAGCCACACAGGGCGGAGCGACCCACACCGCACCCACCCAUCCCUCAGGUGAAGUCCCAGGUAUGGCUGAAGACUUGAAAGCGGAGAUUCUGGCCAGCAUAAGGGAAGACCUAAAAAACGUUAUAAGAGAUGAGCUCAAAUCGGCGCUGGCAGACGAGAUUAGCUCGAUCAAAAACGACCUACAAGGGCUAAAGACGCUAAUCGCUAACGAUGUCACCGCUAUCCGUGCUGACAUGGAGCUCGUAAAGACAGAUGUAAACGAGGUGAAAGAUGGUUUGAACACAUGGUCUGAUGAAGUGUCAACACUACAGACAACAGUGGAAAGCCUCCAGAAAGAGAUAAAGACAAUGCGGGAUAAAUGUGAAGACAUGGAGGGCAGAAUGAGGCGUGCCAAUAUUCGGCUAGCGGGCAUCCCAGAGGCUAAUUCCAGCACCCCGAAGGCUAUUGCUAGCGCCCUGAAAGAAAUGCUACAGCUGGAUCGUGACGUCAAAGUGGAUCGCUCUCACCGUAUUUUUGGGAGCUCGAGAGAUGGAGAUAAGCCACGGGUGAUAAUUGCUAAGAUGCAUUAUGAUGAGGACGCCGUGGAGAUACUACGAAAGGCUCGUGACCAAGCACCGUUAUUUUAUAAUGGCCAGCGUGUCUCAAUAUUUCCGGACUACACCGCUAACGUUGCUAAGGCGAGAGCGGCAUUCUCAGAAGUGCGGAGUGCCCUACGCGGACGAAAGGACAUACGCUACGGUCUUCUCUUCCCAGCUCGACUUCGAAUAACCCAUAAUGGCAACAGCAGAGAGUUUGUGGAUCAUCGGAAGGCUAUGGACUAUGCCAAACAGAUCCUAAUGGAGGAGCGGCCUGCAGCAAACGACUAA